CAUGACAAAGAACAUAGACCUCCUGAAAAACUCAAUAGAGGGCUACUUGGUUUAGGGAGCCAAAUCUUAAUCUUUUAGUCACCCACUCUUAUUAGCUUUCCAUUUUAAUCCGCUGGAUUUUUCAACAACACUUUGUCAAAACAAGACUAUGUCCAAACUCUAAAGACCUUUAAUCUCUCCUGUCAAUGUCUUGAACCCAAGAGGAGUAACCUCCGUGUCAAAAACAAAAUCUAGAACCUCAAAAUACUUUGGCCAUCUGAUCUGAUAUUUUUCUUAUUGCCAAUUGAUCAUAUGCAUAUGGUCACGAGCUGAAAGGGACAGAGAUCAUGAGAUGCCGUAAACAAAAAGGUAGAAUCGAAAGCUAGCCAAGAAAACCCAUUGUUUUGUCUUUUUGCUGACCUUAAUAAACAAGUUACCAACUGCACGUCUCUUCAUUUGUCAAUCUGAAUGAGGACAAAAUUGGAGAACUACACAGCAUAUUAAAACUAUGAUUGCCCUUGAAGGUGGAGCCACUUGAUCAAAGCCGCUCCCUUUCACAGUAGAACCACAAAUGCUGCUAACAGAAACCAUUCGCAAGACCAAGUUUUUCUUUCACAAAAGCUUCCGAAAUUUCUGGUCUUUCUUCUAUGGUGAGUACCAAAAACUUCCCAGAUCUCUCUCCUUCAACCCAUUCCUUUGUAAAAUAGGCAAUGCAAGAACUCACACAAGUGACCGAUUCUACAAUGAGUUUUAUGAUAUGCUGCAGUCUGACCUCAGCAGAAUAAACAUGUAUGGUAACAACAUGUCAAGGUCAGCAAUGGAAGAUGCUGCAUGUACUGGAAGCUUCAUGUGUUUUGCCAAGCAAAGUCCACAAAAGAGCAUCCAUAAGGAGAGAACACAAGAGAAGAACAAGGCGAACUCUCCCCUCAGAAAAAAGGACUCAAAUUCACAAAACAUGAACAAGGGAGCUCAUGUUUUAGCCCAAAAAAUGAAGGCAUUGGAUAUGAUGGAUGCGAGUGAUCUAGAGCAUGUACUAGACAUAGAAGAGGCUCUGCACUAUUAUUCUCGCCUUAAGAGCCCUGUUUAUUUAGACAUUGUAGACAAGUUUUUCAUGGAUAUUCAAUCAGAAGAAAUACCUGUUCCACAACCCUGUGCCAGCCAGCCUCAAACCCCCCAAGGCUCAAAAGCAAGACUUGGCCCAAUCCGGUUGUAGAUAGGAUAACCAGAACCAGCUAGCAACAGUGCAAAUGUUCUUAUAUAUAGGAAAUCAUCUUUAUUCACUACUUUGUCCCUCUUAUUUUCCUUUUACAGUGUGCUGUACUAAUGAUUCUAUUUAGUAUAACUACCACUUUUCAGAGCUUUC